CGGAUUUGGGUUAUGUUGCACCGCAAUAAAGAACGUUCCAGUACUACUAGUGUACAUUAGUGCAAAAAGUUCAGCAAUAAAGAACAAACCUAUGAUCAAUAUGGUAGUGUGAUUGCGUUAAACAAGUUUUUAUACUUCCCUAAUCGAAUUCUACCUGACUUCUCAUUGAGAAGGAAAAAUCCUGAAAAGCUGGCAUGACUUCGGCAAUAUUGCAGAAAGCAAUAGAUCUCGUGACAAAGGCUACAGAGGAAGACCGCAACAAGAACUAUGAAGAAGCCUUGAGAUUAUACGAACAUGCUGUUGAAUACUUCCUGCAUUCAAUCAAAUAUGAUACACAUGGAGAUAGGGCAAAGGAAAGUAUAAGAGCAAAAUGUAUGCAAUAUUUAGAAAGAGCAGAGAAAUUAAAAGCUUACUUGAAAAAAAGUAAGAAAAAACCAGUUAAGACAGGAGAAAAUAAUUCCAAGAAUGAAGAUAAAAAGAGCGACAGUGGUGACAGUGAUACUGACAGUGAUCCUGAGAAAAAGAAAUUACAAAGUAAAUUAGAAGGUGCGAUAAUAAUUGAAAAACCAGAUGUUAAAUGGAGCGAUGUGGCUGGUCUUGAUGGAGCCAAAGAAGCUUUAAAAGAAGCUGUUAUUCUACCAAUUCGUUUUCCUCAUCUUUUUACUGGUAAACGCAUACCUUGGAAGGGUAUUCUAUUGUUUGGACCACCUGGUACUGGUAAAUCAUAUUUAGCGAAAGCAGUGGCGACAGAAGCUAAUAACUCUACUUUCUUUUCCGUAUCAUCAUCAGAUUUAGUAAGCAAGUGGUUAGGAGAAUCAGAGAAGCUUGUAAAAAAUUUGUUUGAAUUAGCGCGACAACACAAACCUAGCAUUAUAUUUAUCGAUGAGAUAGAUUCUCUCUGUUCUUCACGUUCUGACAAUGAGUCAGAAUCUGCAAGAAGGAUAAAAACAGAAUUUUUAGUUCAAAUGCAAGGUGUAGGAUCUGACAAUGAUGGUAUACUUGUAUUGGGAGCAACCAAUAUACCUUGGGUACUAGAUGCCGCGAUCAGAAGACGAUUCGAGAAAAGAAUUUACAUUCCAUUGCCCGAGGAACAAGCGCGUGCUGUUAUGUUUAAACUUCAUUUGGGCAGCACCUCGCAUUGUUUAACGGAAGAAGAUUUUAAGAAACUAGCAGCAUCCACAGAGGGUUACUCGGGAGCUGAUGUAAGUAUCAUCGUACGGGAUGCCUUAAUGCAGCCAGUCCGACAAGUGCAAACGGCUACGCACUUUAAGCGUGUCAGGGGACCGUCACCGAAAGAUCCUUCUAUCAUCGUUGACGACUUACUCACUCCGUGCUCACCUGGUGACCCGGCUGCUAUAGAAAUGAAUUGGAUGGAAGUAGAUGGUGACAAGUUGUAUGAACCACCAGUUACCAUGAAAGAUAUGUUGAAAUCAUUAGGAACUACCCGUCCUACCGUGAACGAAGAAGACAAGAAAAAAUUAGAUAAAUUUAAGGAAGAUUUCGGUCAAGAGGGUUGAAAGGUCACUGGACUUGCCCUUAUAAUUAUGUAAAGGGAUUUCUAAUUCAACAAAUGUCUUUAGUUGUAUACACUUGCCUUAUUCCUCUUAUGAAUAACACUCUAUAAUGUCUAUAUAAAUAUAUUCGGAAACGAGCUCAUUUUUCUCCUUGUUUUAAGUGCAACAUGAAAAAAAAAGAAACGAAUACAAUCUGAUAUUGUGAGCUUGUCGUUUAUUUACAAACACUAACCAGUGGAAAUAACUCAUAUAUUACAAAAUAAACUAUAUUUUGAGAUAACGAAAGAAUUUAGAUUUAUCAGUCGGACACAGAAGGUAAAUUAUUUUUGAUCAUCAAAUGCAAAAUAGGAAAAAUGUGAUAUGUUUACCAAGGUGUAUGACAAACUAUGUAUUUAGUGCAUUACUAUCUAAUCACAUAUACCUAACAAAUUAAUUGUAAAUCUUAUCGAUUUUAUAGUUACUUCAUAAUACAUUUAUAUAAUUUUAA